UUGGUAAGAAGUUGAGCAUGGUAAAGCCCUCAAAAAGCUAAUUCAUUUGCCUGAAUAAUAAUAAUAAUAAUAAUAAAAAUUACAAUUUCAAUAGGGUCUCACCAGACACCUUUGAUGUCUGUGCUCGGGCCCUAAAAAAAAAUCGUUUGGUAACAAUUUGAGCAUUUCAAAGCCCUCAAAAAGCCAAUUAAUUUGCCUGCUCGGGCCCUAAAAACACUAUGGCAGUGAUACCUAUAAAUUCUAGUUUAUUAACCGUUAUCUUACACCUCUUUAUAAUGCAGUGCCGACGCUAUGACCUCAUCACACCUUUGAUUGAUUUUUAUUAUUGUCAGUCACAUUAUUUGUCCAGCCUAAAUCCGGCUUUUAAGGUUAAAGCUUAUCCUACCUUACAUGCAUUUACGUUAACGAUACAAUCCCUUACCCAAUUACAUUUGCUUAUAGGUCCCAACAUUAGAAAUUCCACUGCUGUGACACAACCUCCAAUAUUAUCAUAAAACAACAAGAACAAAGUUAUUCAUGAAGGUACUGCUGCUGUUUUCGUAUUCUAUCUUCCGGUGUUCACUAAUGGAGCUAAUGAUUAGCUCACAUCCAAUGAACUGUGUCACUGUGUCCAGGACAAGACCCCUGAGAGCCAGAGGGCCUCCUGCCGCAGCAAAGAUACAUGAAGACUUCCCAGAAUCCCGUGUGAAUGCGAACAACAUGAGGCUUCCUUUACACUGGGCAGCACACAGAUGUGUGUUUGUCGUGUGUGUGGUUUUAUGUUUGCUGGGCUUGGUGAUGGUCUCUCUCCCACUAAAUGGAAAACGGGCAAACAAACCUCUGAACAGGCACGUGAGCAGUGUACAUAAAAGGCUGGUUCAUGAGCACGUGCACAAAGUUCUGGAGGCGCAGUGUCAGCCCGGCCACACUCGGAAGAACUUGUUGACUCGACUCCCUGCUUCCGGCCAUGGUACUCAGCCCUUCUUGUGGAAGGACAUGCCCCUCCCCGAUCAGCUUUUCAUGUAUCCACUUCCUUUUGGGUUAAAGGGAGUUGGCAGCAAAGUAGAGGAUCUUCUGAAGCUGCUGGAAAACUCUCACUCUGCUCAGCCAUCAGAUAAAUGUCGGCACUGUUUGGUCGUGGGGAAUGGAGGCAUACUCAGAGGCCUGGAGCUCGGCCGCCUGAUAGACAGAUUUGACACCAUCAUCAGGUUAAACAGUGGUCCUCUGGGAGAGUUCAGUGUCGAUGUUGGAAAUCGAACCAGCAUCAGAAUGAGUUACCCAGAAAGCACGCCGCUCCGCUGGGUGGAUACAGACCCUCACACUCUGUUUGUUGCUGUGGUGUAUAAAAGUGUGGACAUCAGCUGGUUGUCUGCCAUGAUCAACAAGCAAGCUGUGUCUGUGUGGAACAGAUUAUUCUUCUGGCAGAAGGUUCCAAAUCAAAUCCCUCUUGAGCUGCGGAGGUUCAGACUUUUAAACCCACAUGUCAUCAGAGAGACGGCAAUAGACCUGCUGAAGUACCCUCCACCCAGACCACGCCUGUGGGGCUGGGACCAGAAUGUGCCCACCCUGGGUGUCUCUGCACUGAACUUAGCCAGUCUGUUGUGCGAUGAGGUCAGCCUGGCAGGCUUUGGCUACAACCUCUCCCAGCAGGCGGCGCCACUGCACUACUACGACCACCUGCCCAUGAGUGCCAUGCUGCAGCAGAAGAUGCACAACGUGGACAGAGAGACAAAGUUCCUACAGAGCCUUGUGAGAGAGGGAACCAUCACUGACCUUACAGGCGGGAUUCACUGCUCCUUCUGCUCGAGCUGACCUCCUGACCCUCGAGUAAGAGUGGUUGCUUUUCAAGAACAAGGUGCAUCCUGUCUGGAUAAAUACAAAGCAUCGACAAGACCAACAUAUAUGCAAACAGGAGAAGGAAGGAAAUAGAUGAGAGGAAAACAUAGCAUGAAGUCUGAGUCUAGUCUUAAUUCUUGUAAUAUUGCUUCUUGAAGAACAAAGGACAUAGAAACAACAAAAAAAGUAAUAUUAUUUAUACCUACUGUUUUUUAUAUGUGUAUAUGUGUGUGGUCCUUGAGACACCUACUGUAUCAGGUACUACCACAGAAGGAACAGAGCAUUUUUACGUGCUUUGGGAGGUUUAUGUCUGUCUGUCUGUCUGUGGACGGAUUUUUUUACUGCAAUAGCGUAAAAACUGCAAGAUAAAGUCACUGAAUAUUACAAUUCAGUUUAGGUCAAAAUGAAGGUAGAGUUGAGAUGGGUGUACUAUCUAUAAACAGAUUCUACAUGUGAAUGUGCAGAUCUUUCUGCAAAGGACAAGAUUGGGGGGCAUCAAGCCAUCUGGUUUGUGUUUCUAGUUUGACCAAUCACAUCUGAGCAGGAUUUGGUUUCCCGCAGAUAAACAGUCCUUGUGGAGAGCAAAAGCGGUGCAACACAUGGACUGUCUGCUUUUUAAUUUAUCUGUGUUAUGAGAUGAGCCAAAAUGUUGUAUGGACCUAAAACACCCACAAAAAGUAUCAUUGUUUGUAUUUUGCUUGGAGAAACAUUCUACUUGUAUGAUAAAGAAAUCUGUUGGACUGUAAACGGCGGACCGCAAAUGGAAGACAGAGUCUUUGCCCUGAUAUCAGCUGUCUACACAAGUACACCCAUAAUAAUGUUUCCCUCAGAGGCUAGUUACACAGUAAGCGAUGGGCUAGAUUGAGAUGGGACUCAGUGCUCAUUAUUAUAUUCUAUGUUAAUUAAGGACCCCAAUCUGUACCUUGAGCAGAUAGUACCAUAGGUUCAGACCUUGUGCUGUCUGUCCCUAGGGAUCCAAUCACAAGUGCACUGUUCCAAGUUCUUUUUUACACACCAACUUCUCCUGUGACCACUGCUCUUUCUGCAAAUACAGAUUUACAAAUUUGUUA